AUGUGGCCCCUGGCCGCUGCAAUCACCUUCCUGACCGUGGCCCAGUCAGGAGGCAUCUCCCGGGAGUUUCCCAAGAUUCUCAAUGGCACCAACGGGACCAAUGGACCUCUCCCAGGUGGCUACACCUGCCUCCCAUACUCUCAGCCAUGGCAAGCAGCCUUGCUGGUGCGAGGGCGGCUGCUCUGUGGAGGAGUCCUGGUGCACCCCAAAUGGGUCCUGACAGCUGCACACUGUCGAAAAGAUGGGUACAGAGUUUACCUGGGCAAACAUGCCCUGGGGCGUGUGGAGACCGGCGAGCAGGUGAGGGAGGUGGUCCGCUCUAUCCCCCACCCCGAAUACCAGGUCAGUGCUACCCAUCUGAACCAUGACCACGACAUCAUGCUUCUGGAACUGGAGGCCCCGGUCCAGCCCACCGGCCAUAUCCGCACCCUGCCCCUUUCCCAUGACAACUGCUUGCCCGCUGGCACCUGCUGCCUGGUGUCUGGCUGGGGCACCACCACCAGUCCCCAAGUGAGUUACCCCAAAACCCUACAGUGUGCCAACAUCCAGCUUCGCUCAGAUGAGGAGUGUCAUCAGGUCUACCCGGGCAAGAUCACCCCCAACAUGCUGUGUGCCGGCACCCAAGAGGGCGGGAAGGACUCCUGUGAGGGUGACUCCGGGGGCCCGCUGGUCUGCAACGGAACCCUCCAUGGCAUCAUCUCCUGGGGAGACUUCCCAUGCGGGCAGCCCAACCGGCCUGGGGUCUAUACCCGGGUCCCGCAGUAUGUCCAGUGGAUCCGAGACACUAUCCGAAGACACAAAUCACGGGCGCGGGAAUGGACGAAGGACACACAGUGA